GACCCCUGACCUUAUGGAAUCGAACUCCCUGCGAUCAGCGGCAGAUCUGGCUUGUCCGGACAACAAUAACGUCUUGUUGCUUCCUUCCCCGCCGCUCCAGUCUGGCCGCCGACUCGGAAUGAUCGUGUAAAUAGGAACAGAUUAUAAACCACAACACGGCAAACAUGGCAGAAGGUGGCGACAGCAGACCGCCAUCCACAGACCCCCUGGAGGCUGAGGGGGGUACUGCAACCAUGGACAGUACCAGGGGCAGCGGGCGGCCGCUCCUCAGGAGCAUCAGCGCUUUCACACAGAGGCAGUUCUCACGACCAGCCACACAGAGACAGUAUUCCACUGCUUCAACUACUGUUAGCAGUAAAAAGGAAAAUGGGAGGAGUGGAUUCAGACCCCCCACAGCCACACGUUCCUUCCAGUUUGGCUUCCCUAAGACCCCGCGUAGCAGGAAGCAAUCUACUUACUCUUCAGUGUCAAAUGCAAGCAGAUACAACACACGUAUGUCAGGCUUCCAGUUUGGCUUCCCUAAGACCCCACGUAGCCGGAAAUAUUCCACCUACUCCACCAUGUCAACUGCAAGCAGAAAAUUUGCAGAGGGAACGAAAAGUUUCUUCGGCAUCGGAGAGGACUGUACGCACACACAGAAGAGGUGGUCGCAGCGGAGAGUCCGCCAUGCCAGUCGGCGCUACGGGAAGAUCAAGGAGGAGAGCAUCCAGAGGAUCCUGGAACCCGACCCUACCGCUAUCCCGCUCCCACAGAUUGUCGACCCACUCGCUCUGCCUCAUCGUCAAAGAACGGUCCCCGCUCCGUACGAUGAUAUUGACGGCGCAACAGAUUACACGACGCCGACGACUCCCGGGGCAUGGUCUAGCGCCAGCAGCCUGUGGCGGCGCGCGGCGUUCGGCGCCCUCUCACAGCAGAGGCAGAAAGUGCAGAGGCAGCAGUCGGUUGUGAGCAUGGGGUGGGAUCUGCUUGUGAAGAUGACUUUGCAACAAAAGCGAGAACAGGACGUGGCCAAACCAGCGCCGCUUGUGAACAGCCGCAGUUUCGCACCAGUCAGCAUGGAGGAAGAUGACGACAUUGAUGACCUCGAUUUCUCCUUCUUUGGACGAGAUGCUCACCAGGCUGCUACCUCAUUCUCAGUCUUCCUCUACCUCCAACACAUAGGAGCUCUCAUGUUCUUCCUUCUUCUCAAGGAAGACUUGUACGACGACGAGGUGUUCUUUGACGCCAGCCCGACGCCCCAGGGCACGCUGCAGUACGACGCCGUGCAGCCAGGGCGCACCGGCAUGGCUUCCAACGUGUUCGACAUGGUGGAUGGGGGAGCCGCGCCCGCCGAGUACGAGAUCCGGGCUGGCGACGCGCUGGAUCGUGAGGAGAGGGAAGCGAACGCACGCAUGCUCCCGACGGAUCGUGGGUGGAGAACAGGCAGCAAGAAGAGGAUAGCGCCUCCGCUGCGCGGGCAGGACGUGAUGGCGGCCCGCGCUCCUCGGAGAAGGAACAGGAUCGGAGACCGCGUGCUCCAGAUGGCACUGGACAACUCGGACAGGAGGGAGUACGGGAGAGGGCUGGUGGGGAAAUGGCUGAAGAGGAGCUACAGAAGCAGCAUGGCCAUGAGCAGUGACAUCAAGCAUCAACUAGACACCAUCACAGACUACAGACCGUACUUCACAUACUGGGUCACAUUUGUACAUAUACUGAUCACCAUCAUCGCGUUGGCGGUGUACGGUAUCGCUCCUAUCGGCUUUGCGGAGACCGAGAUGACAGCACUGGUGCGUACGCCCAAGCUUUCACUGGAGAACAUCCCCAAGAUUGAGAAGGACAACUUCUGGAUAGGGCCUAAAGACGAGGACCUUAUACACCUUGGUGCCAAGUACUCGCCGUGUAUGAGGAAAGACCCAAAGAUCGUCCAGCGGGUAGAGGAACAGAGAAGGAUGGAGAAUCUUACUGGCUGCUGCAUCAAGACAGACCAGUCCGGCUGUUACCAGUCUUCUGAGGAGGACUGCUCGAAAACCUUUGCAGAUUUUGUGAGGUGGUCUGAGGACAACCCAGGUCCAGAUGGGAGAAUAUCUGGUGCAGUGUGUGGACAGGACCCCAAGGCUUGCAAGAACCCAGGCUCAGUUGAGCCACACACAUGGGCAGAUGACAUGACCAAGUGGCCGGUGUGUAAGGAGGAGGGUGCAGACAGCCGGCCCCACAUGACAUGUGAGGUGACAGCCCACCCCUGCUGUAUUGGCAUCACAGGCACCUGUGAAAUCACCACCAGGGAGUACUGCGAGUUCAAACAUGGCUUCUUCCACCAGGAGGCCUCGCUUUGCUCACAGGUGUCGUGUAUGGACAGAAUCUGUGGCCUCCUCCCAUUCAUGGACCCGGAGGUUCCUGACCAGUUCUACAGGCUGUGGACAUCACUCUUCUUACAUGCUGGGUUGGUGCACCUGCUGAUGUCGGUGAUCUUCCAGAUGACCAUCCUGCGGGACCUGGAGAAGCUGGCCGGCUGGGGCCGCAUCGCCAUCAUCUACAUCCUGAGCGGCAUCGGAGGCAACCUGGCCAGCGCCGUGUUCCUGCCGUACCAGGCAGAGGUUGGACCUGCAGGUGCCCACUUCGGCGUUAUCGCGUGCCUGUUUGUGGAGGUGUUCCAGAGCUGGCAGAUGCUGCAGGCACCCUGGAGGGCCAUCCUGAAGCUGACCAUCAUCGUCCUGGUGCUCUUUGUCCUGGGCCUCCUGCCGUGGAUCGACAACUUUGCCCACAUCACCGGCUUCAUCUGCGGCAUCCUACUCUCCUUCUCCUUCCUACCCUACAUCACAUUCGGCACGUUCGACAAGAACAGGAAGCGAAUACAGAUCAUCGUGUCCUUCCUUUUGUUUGUGGCCUUCUUCUCCGGACUGGUGGUUCUUUUCUACGUCAGGCCGCUGACAGACUGUAAGGGUUGCGAGUACGUCAACUGUAUCCCGUUUGACAAAACCUUCUGUAAAUACCAAGGUCACGACCUGACCCCUAGAGAAGAGACGACGUGAAGUCAUGCUAAAACCUUAUAGAUAUCAUAUUGAUAGUAACACUGAUGAAACAGUAAGAGUAGAUAUUAUGAAGCAUUGUAAAACUGCUACAGAGGGGCACUAGCUAUGAUUGUAAAAGGACCAGCAUUUUUUCGAUGAAAAUUCAUCUCUUAGCCAAACAAAGGACAACUUGUUCCUUCAUCUUGCUUCUGGGGGAAUGAAUUGCUGAAGACCAUAAAAUGCCAACAUUUCUUGUAAUGUUAAUGACAAAAAGUGUGAAGUAUUAUGCAGGCAAUACCUUUUAUGAUGCUCUUGUUUUCAAGGCUGAAAAGUACUUCUAGGCUGAUACGAAGCCUAAUAGUACAGUAACUGUUGCUACCAUGUUACAGUAUAUUGUAUUGUGCCAUAUGAUGGUGCAUAUAACAUUUUAUAUGCUUUAUCAUUCCAAGAUUUUCUUAGCUACUUUCUACAUAAUGUUGCAUUUAUUCAGGAAAUGUACAGCAGAAAUUUGUGAGCAGUAGAUUUCUCUUCAAAGUGGGUUUGCAUGUGUUUUAACAUACAUGUCUCCAAAAGACUGGGCCAAAUGUCUGGGCACAUGUAAGUUGCAUGCAUAAAUGACCUGUACAAGGAUGCCUUAGUUUCAGAUAUUGAUAUUUAUUCCUAACAGCACAGUGAAGGUGUAAUCAAACAUACCAUAUUAUUUAGUACUCCUGUGCUCAUAAACAUGGUGUCCAUAAUUCAGCAAAGGGCUAGUUCAUUUUGAAUGCUUGAGAGCAGUGAGGAAAAAUUCCUAGCUCUCCUUACACCCUGUGUAGUUUGUAUUGAGUCGCUAUUUUGCCUAUUUGUGAAUAGCCUUUCAGAAUAGUAUAAGGUACUGUUGAGAGGGAGUGCCAUUAUAUUAUAGAAUAUUUAUUGUAUUUAAGAGCUUUUGAACAAUCCAUGGCCAGAGAGCUUUGGUAUUUGGUUUGUCAUUUCUAAAAUGCUCAUAGAAACCAAAUUAAUAGCUUACAAUGUACAAUAGGCCAAACAUAGAUAUUCUUGACAAGGUUUGCCACCAGACUUGCCAUACUUGUAGUCAGUAUAGUAUUGUUCAGCUAGCCUGGUAGCGGUUCAUGCUUAUAGAUUAUUAAGAUCAUGAUUUAUAUGGUUUUAAAGAAAAUCUGAUUCAUGCUUUAGAAGUUUACCAAAGUUAUAAAAAUUAAUCAAGGCUUUCAUUCCUGUGAAACAUUCAUUUUGCAUCAAUGUAAACAUCUACACACAGUAUUAGCCAGUAAGUACAUAUCCUGUUUGUUUUAGAUAUAAGUAUU